AUAUACCUUAAGUCUAAGUUAAUUAGCACCGAAAAAAAAGGGGCAAAAGAAAGCUUAACUCUAGUCACUUUCUUCUUUUCUCCCACUUUCUUUCUAUUUAAAGAAAUUCCACUAUUAGACUAUUUCUUUACCUACUUGCUUUCAUUUCCCCCUAAUUUCUUGUCCAUCAAGCUCCCCACGUAUUGCAAUUUGAUCCAAAAUUUUGUUUUAUUUAGAUCCGAUAUUUGCUCAAAUUUAGACUUAUAAAGUUCCUAUCUUGGUGUUUUUUUUUACAGUUUUUUCUUGUAAUUUGCUAGAAAAAAAGUUUAAUUUCGUUUGUUUCAUUCAGGUUUGCCAUUUGGUGUUAGAAAGUUCCUAUCUUGGUGGCUUUUUCUUGUAAUUUGCUAGAAAAAAAGUUUAGCUUCAUUUGUUUCAUUCAGGUUUGCCACUUGGGGUUAGAAAGUUCCUAUCUUGGUGGCUUUUUCUUGUAAUUUGCUAGAAAAAAAAAAGUUUAAUUUCGCUUUGUUCAUUUGGGGUUCUUGUUUCUGAUGAUUUAUUUGGACUUAGAUUAUAAAAUUUCCCCACCAAUUCCUUCAUUUUCCUACUCAAUUUCAUCAAAUUUUCUUCAUAAAAGUGUGUAAAUUGUUUCCAUUUUUGUCUAAAAAAUUGAUCUUUUAACUGACAAAAAAAAGAUGGGGGAUCGUUUGAGGUCAACUUUAAUGGAGGAUUUGCCAAUACAUUUGAUUCUUGAAAUAUUGACAUCGGGUCGAUUAGGUGCUAUUGAUUUAAUAAGUUUGGAGCUAACUUCAAGGACUUUUAGGGGAACACAUGGAUUGUUUCCUAAAAAGUUCAAGUCUUUGGUAGAUUAUGCUGCAUUUUUGAUCUGUGGGUUAAGUCCAAUAUAUGCUUCUUUGCAUUGUAAUGCUCAGAAAGAGCUACUGAGUCGAUGUAACGACAAUUGGAAGCGGCUUUUGAGGUUCUUGCAGGCUGUGGAACAGUCCUCUGAUAUGGUUGAAACUUCUGCAGGCAAUAUGCAAAUAAGGAGUGGCAGGUAUCAUACACUGCUAAUCAAAGAAUCAGCAGCAUAUUCUUGUGGUUCCAGUUUAUGCGGAGUCCUUGGUCAUGGGCCUGAAACAACUCAGCGUGUGGAAUUUACUCGAAUUAGUUUUCCUGUUCCCGUACAAGUUGCCCAAGUUUCAGCUUCUCAUAAUCAUGCUGCGUUUGUCACAGGGGCUGGACAGGUGUUCACAUGUGGAGACAACUCAUCAUACUGUUGUGGGCAUAGAGACACCGGACGCCCAAUCUUCAGGCCCAGAAUGGUUGAAGCAUUGAAAAAUAUUCCUGUCAAGCAGGUUGCUGCAGGUCUCAGCUUUACUAUGUUUCUCACAAGGAAAGGCCAUGUGUUCACAUGCGGAACUAAUGCACAUGGUCAACUUGGCCAUGGUGACACAUUGGAUAGGCCAACACCAACAUGCAUAGAACUACUGGCAUCUAUCGGUUCUGUACUUCAGAUUGCGGCUGGUCCAAGUUAUGCACUUGCAGUGUCUGAUGAUGGGACUCUCUACUCUUUUGGUUCCGGUACGAAUUUCUGCCUUGGUCAUGGAGAACAGCAGAAUGAACUUCAGCCACGUGCCAUCCAGUCGUUUAGGAGGAAGGGCAUUAACGUGGCUCGUGUUUCUGCUGGCGAUGAGCAUGUUGUGGCACUGGAUUCCACUGGAUAUGUAUAUACUUGGGGGAAAGGUUACUGUGGUGCAUUGGGGCAUGGUGAUGAGAUUGAUAAGACUACUCCAUCACACUUGACCAGCCUUAAGAACCAACUAGCUGUUCAGGUUUGUGCAAGUAAGAGGAAAACAUUUGUCCUGGUGGACGACGGUUCUGUUUAUGGCUUUGGCUGGAUGGGCUUUGGCAGCCUCGGGUUCCUAGACAGAGGAGCAUCAGAUAAAGUUUUAAAGCCCCGGAUCCUGGAGAGCUUGAGAUCCCACCACAUAUCUCAAAUUAGCACCGGCUUAUACCACACCGUUGUUGUCACAAAUUGUGGACGGGUCUUUGGAUUUGGAGACAAUGAAAGAGCCCAACUUGGGCAUGAUGCACUAAGGGGAUGCCUUGAACCUACUGAAAUCUUUAUGGAGAAUUAUGAAUAAUGAAGGCCUCCUACAAGAACUGGUAUUGACUACUAAUGUGCCAAAGUCUAGUACAUGCUGUUAUUCAUCAAAUAACGUACAUUGACUGCACAAAUAUUGUUUGUAGAUGCAUAAGAACAUAUUUCAACUAGACUUAAAUAUUCUGCUCGUCUUUUAUUCAUCUAUUGUUUAAAACUUUGGUUAGUGCUUCUUGUGCAAAGACAACUUUUUGUCGUGGGAAUAGUAAUAUUAAAGCUUGGACCUUUGUUUA